AUGUCUAGCAAUUUUGCAAAAAACUGUGAUCGAACGAAAGGUUCAAAUCUAUUUAAAGGUUUUUUGAUGAUGCUCAUACGUGAUGUUUCGGCACAAGAUGCAGAUGGUGCUUUUACUGAGUUUAUCAGCAAUGUACGUCAGCAAGCUGCUAAUAAUCGUUCGUCCUAUUUAGAAAAAUUAUUCGGUGAAGAAAUUCGAGCUCAAUGUCUGCAUCAUUUUGAAAAUCGCGUCUUUGAAAAAGAAAUUGAAGAUAUGAGGAAAUUAAUUUUGGCGUUGCCUUAUCGUUGGAAUAACGGUCAAGAAUUUCUAGAAAGUUUGAAGCUAACAUUAGCACAGGUGCAUACGGGCGAUGAUACAGUUAUGGACAUACAUCGAAUAAAAAUGAACUUUUCUAGAUUAGAGAAGGAAACACAUGCAAUGCUCAUACAAGAAUCGAAACAUAAAAAUCAAGGAGUGCACGAUUGUCAGAAUCGUCAUUAUUGCACCGAAAAAUGCUCACAACAUCCCCAGUGUGAUAAAAUAUGUUUAUAUGAUGCGUCAUAUGAUAUUUAUAUUAUGAUAUUUAUGAUAUUUAUUUAUGAUGUUUAUAUGAUAUUUAAAAAUCAUUUUCAUCAAACUUUAAUCGGUAACAAGCAAGUUAAUGAACUAAAAGCUUUAAUUGAUGGCGUAGGUGAAAAACACGUAAUUAAUUAUCAUAUUUGUGGAACGGAAUAUACAUGUGCCGAUAACUGUGCUCAGCCUGGUAUCUGUGCUAUCGACUAUGAUAUUACUGAAAAAGAGUGGACAAAUGAACUGAAUACAUUUCCAUACAAGUUUUAUGAACCAAAACCAGCUCGAUCAAAAUGUGUUGUGGCUAGGCAUGCACCAGUUCCAAUCUUAGGCUUGGAGGAUUGGCACCAGUUAGGCUUGGUACCAAUCCCAACAAUCUCCAGUUAG